AUGAACAAGGAGAGUCAGGAUAAGGCGCAGAACGGCAAGGGGAUUGUUCCGGCGAAGCCUGAUGGGGAGGGUCAGGAUGGGGCGCAGAACGGCGAGGGGACCGUUCCGACGCCUGGUGGGGAGGGUCAGGAUAGGGUGCAGAACGGCGAGGAGCCAGUUCCAAUGGAAAUUGAUGAGGGUCAGGAUGGGGCGCAGAACGGCGAGGGGACCGUUCCGACGCCUGGUGGGGAGGGUCAGGAUAGGGUGCAGAAUGGCGAGGAGCUAGUUCCAAUGGAAAUUGAUGAGGGUCAGGAUGGGGCGCAGAACGGCGAGGAGCCAGUUCUAAUGGAAAUUGAUGAGGGUCAGGAUGGGGCGCAGAACGGCGAGGGGACCGUUCCGACGCCUGGUGGGGAGGGUCAGGAUAGGGUGCAGAACGGCGAGGAGCCUGACAGGGAGGGUCAGGGUGGCCAAGUCCUGACGGGCUGGGCUUUUGCGGUGAGGUUCCAUGGACCUACGAAGCAGGUCAGGGCACAAAGUGGCGACGGACAGGAGAAUAUCGAUAAUAGCCCUCGAGACUUGCUAAUUAAUAAUAGAAUUCCAACUUCUAUUCAGAUCAACAUUGCCUACCAUGGUGGCCAGGAAAGGGUUUUCGGUUUUGGCGGCUGA